UUUUGGUAUGAUCGUAAAUAUAUAUUCGAAUAUCUUCCACCUUGGAUUUAGUUAAAGUUGCCCUACCAAUUCAAAUAUGCUGAGUGGAAGUGCAUUUCUAGCAGCGAGCAUAAUUACCAGGCUUCUGGUCGCUUUGAUGAUUUUAAACGCAUUUUCACUACCUUUUGUGGCAUCUACGGAAAUUGCUGUAUCAGAAAACGAUCACAGCGAAAACUCGAAGAAAAGGGAGGACCUCCAGGCUUUCAAAGCAGCAAGCGAUAAACAAGAUUUAUUGAAAGUCGUGCCCAGACAAAUUAUGCAUAAUGCAUCCAGUAGUUCGGCAGGAAAUUAUGUUGUCACAGAAUCGCAGGAGGCAAAAACGAGAAUAAAGAGAUCGCCAAGACGACGAAAAUUCAGAAUCUUACCCGCUCUGUGUGGAUAGUGGUUUGAAGUCUGAAUUGAAUAUAUCAAUUUUAUUUUUUGUUAAAAAAUUAUCUCGACAGGUGUGGAAACGAAGGUGUAUUAUUUCUUCAUCAUCCGUAAAUAAUAAAUCAAACAAUUUGUUUUUCAUGCUAGAUAAUUGUUACAAAAGUUUUUUCUGUUUUUGUGAGUCUACUUUGAACUGUAAUAUAUUAAUUAAUACUUCUGCCAACGUUACACAA